GGUCGCAGGUGCCGAAGCAGCUCUGGCCAUGAGGACCCUGUGGAUGGUGCUGUGCGCGCUGGCACGGCUGUGGCCCGGGGCCCUGGCUGGCUGCGCAGAGGCCGGGCGCUGCUGCCCUGGCCGGGACCCAGCCUGCUUCGCCCGCGGCUGGAGACUGGACAGGGUCUACGGAACGUGCUUCUGCGAUCAAGCCUGCCGUCUCACCGGGGACUGCUGCUUCGACUACGCCAGGGCGUGUCCAGCUCGCCCUUGCUUCGUGGGAGAAUGGAGUCCCUGGAGCGGCUGUGCAGGCCAGUGCCAGCCCACCACGCGUGUGCGCAGGCGUUCAGUGCAGCAGGAGCCGCUGAACGGAGGGGCACCCUGCCCACCCCUGGAAGAGAGAGCGGGCUGCCUGGAGUACUCCUCAUCGCAGGGCCAGGACUGCGGGCACUCCUUUGUCCCUGCAUUUAUCACUAGUUCUGCAUUCAACAAGAAGAGGACAAUACAAGCCGCAUCUCCACAGUGGUCUACACACACCGAGGAUGCUGGAUACUGUAUGGAGUUCAGGACAGAGUCCCUGACUCCUCAUUGUGCCCUGGACAACCGUCCCCUCACUCGCUGGAUGCAGUAUCUCCGAGAGGGAUACACAGUGUGUGUGGACUGUCAGCCUCCGGCCAUGAAUUCCGUGAGCCUGCGUUGUUCCGGAGAUGGCCUGGAUUCUGAUGGAAAUCAGACUCUUCGCUGGCAAGCCAUUGGCAAUCCUCGAUGUCAAGGGACCUGGAAGAAAGUGCGGCGGGUCGACCAGUGUUCCUGUCCAGAAGUGCACCGCUUCAUUUUUAUAUAGAGCAUCGUGGAGUCACUUGGCAGGGUGCUUGCCAGUGGGUUGGGUAUUAUUAAGCUGAGUUCAACACUUCAGAAGCCUCCAAAAACUACGUCAAGUCCCCGGGCACUCUCCAUUGUUUUUGAGAAAGAAAACUUAGGGAUAGUUCUCAAGGAUCACAAUCUCUUUGUUUUUAUUUUUACUGAGUUAAGGACCCACACUCAAAGCUCCUAUGGCUAUGACCUUGACCUUACCUCUGGCCACAGAGUACAUGUCUGUUUGUACUAGAAUCACUACCAUGGGCUCCAGUUUGGGGUAAGUUUUUGUCUAAGGGCAUCUACGUAUUCUUUGUUUUUAUUGGUUUUUUGUUUUGUUGUUUUAAAUUAAAGACAAGGUCUCACUAUGUAGCCUAGAA